UUCUGCGGCGCAGGAAGGAGCCCAGCCCGGCGGCCCUUUGUGCGCAGUAUCCCCUGCAGGGGCACUCGGGGACCCCUUGGGCUCCGAUAAAGCUCCCACUGCGGGCCAGGCACGGGGCAGAGAGGCUGGCGGCAGAUGCGGCCGGGACCAGCUGGGGACACCCGGGGUGGGGGAGCAGCCCAGGAGGGACGGCUCCGCCCCCGGAGGGCAGUAGUAACACAGGACAGCUGACUUGCAGCUUCCAGAAGACUGCGCCUGCAGGAUCCGGGCCUGGGGCCGCUCGUGGCUCCUGCCCGGCCCCUCCCUGAGCUGGCGGCCGGGGGUUGGGGGAGGGGGGAGGGGGAGCCGGCGCUGAGUCAGCCGCUUGGAAUGGCAGCUGAUUCCGGCCGAGCUCAAAGAGUCGAAAUUCACAAACUACGCCAAGGUGAAAAUCUGAUUCUUGGAUUUAGCAUCGGAGGGGGCAUCGACCAGGACCCCGCCCAGAACCCCUUCUCCGAGGAUAAGACGGACAAGGGCAUUUACGUCACCAGGGUGUCCGAGGGGGGCCCCGCGGAGGUGGCGGGCCUCCAGAUCGGAGACAAGAUAAUGCAGGUCAACGGUUGGGACAUGACGAUGGUGACCCACGACCAAGCCAGGAAGAGACUCACCAAGAGGAACGAGGAAGUGGUACGGCUGCUGGUGACCCGGCAGGGCCUGCAGAAAGCCGUGCAGCAGUCCAUGCUGGCCUAGGGCCUCCCUGCGCCGGCCCCUCGGCCCGCUAGGCCCCGUGGGGGGCGGGAGGCCUGGGGCCCCACCAUCCCACAGUCAGCUUUCCCGUGCUGGCCAGAGAGUGGGCAGGGCGGUCGGCGGGGCCCCUCGGGCAGCCGGGCCAGGUAAGGGGAGGCUGAGCGGUGGGGCCGGGAGCCGGCUCUCCAAGGCUCAGGCCGCCUUUCUGCGGGCCUGUUCUUGGGCCAGGCCGUGCCCUCAGCUCCACCCCAUCCGUGCCUCUCCCCAAGCCUCUCCCUGAGCACCUCCGGCAGGCUCGGACCCUGAAGGCAGCUGCCGGACUUUCUCCAGCCAGAAGCCUGAGCUGUGGGAGGGAGGGGGCGGCGCUGUGGCCCCUCCCCCAAAGCUCGUUAGUCCAGGGAGCGCCCUGUCCCGCCUGCCUGUGAAGCUGCCCCGGCCGGCCCCCGGGCCCUUUUCUAUUUUUCCUGAAAGUUUUCUAUGUAGCAGUUUCUAUCUCAUUUCAAAAGUGCUAACCUGGUCAGACUCGGUCAUAACAAGCCCCGGGCCCUAUUUUUGUGACUGUCGGCCCAGCGCCGACUUCUCGUACUCAAUAAACAAAGCUGGAAUUGUG